AUCCGGUUAGCGAUGCAAUGUGCCGAGUCGACUCAUAGACGCUGCCUUGCGAGACCUGUCUUGACAAUGAAGAGUUCAGCUGUAUUUGUUCUACUCAUACUGGCCUUGGGCUCCAUCCCAGAUGUUGCCAGUGAAGAUGAAAUUCAGGACCCAUGUAGUGAUUUCCGGCAAUUUGCAAAUAAAGAAGGGAGGCUUGCCUGCACAAGAGAAAAUGAUCCAGUCCGUGGCCCUGAUGGCAAAACCUAUGGCAAUAAGUGUACCAUGUGUGCAGAAAUCUUCCUGAAAGAAGCUAAAGACAAAGCAAAGAAAGAUGACAAGAGAUCCCGCAGAGAUGCUGAAAAGGAAUUUUGCAAAAUCUUUGAAAGCCAAGUGAAGAAUGGAAUACUUCCCUGUACACGGGAGAAUGAACCUGUCCGAGGCCCUGAUGGAAAGAUACAUGGGAAUAAAUGUGCCUUCUGUGCAAAAUUCUUCAAAAAACAAUAUGAGGAGGAAAAAAGGAAAACAAAUGGAGAUCUUAGGACACCUGAAGAGAAACCAAAAUUUAAAAAAGAAAUUGAGGCACUAUGCAGUGAAUUCCGGGACCAGAUGAGCAAAGGCAGACUCUUUUGCACUAGGGAGAAUGACCCUAUCCAAGGCUUUGAUGGCAAGCAUUAUGGGAACAAAUGCUCCAUGUGCAAAGCCUUUUUCCAAGCAGAAGCUGAAGAAAGGAAAAGAAAUGAAGAGAAAUUAAGGAAUAAGAGAGAAUCAGCAAACACUGCCUCAUUUGCGGAGCUGUGCAGUCCAUACCGCAACUAUGUGAGGAAUGGUCGAAUGGCCUGCACAAGAGAGAACGACCCCAUUCUGGGACCAGAUGGCAAAAUGCAUGGCAACACGUGCUCAAUGUGUGAAGUCUUCUUUCAACAAGAAGACAAAGAAAAGGCAGCCUCAUUGGUCAGUGAAAUAACAAAGAGAGCAGCUGACAAGGAUCUGUGCAGUGAAUUUCGAGACCAAGUGAGGGACGGGAAGCUUGUUUGCACCCGGGAGAAUUCUCCUGUCCAAGGCCCUGAUGGCAAAAUACAUGGCAACAAAUGUUCCAUGUGUGCCAGCAUGUUCAAACUAGAAGAAGAGGAAAAGAAAAAUACAGAAGAGAAGAAAAAAGUGGAGGCAGAAUACAAAGUUAAGAGAGAAACAGUGCAGGAACUGUGCAGUGAAUAUAGAAAUUACAUGAGGGAUGGCCACCUCGCCUGCACACGAGAGAAUGACCCCAUCCUGGGCCUGGAUGGCAAAAUGCAUGGCAACACGUGCUCCAUGUGUGAAGCCUUUUUCCAACAAGAAGCCAGAGAAAUGGCAGCUUCAGAGGCAAAAGUAAAGGCAAAGAGAGAAGCAGACAAGGCUUUGUGCAGUGAAUUUCGAGACCAAGUAAGGAAUGGGAACCUCAUCUGCACCAGGGAAAAUGAUCCUGUCCAAGGCCCUGAUGGCAAAAUCCAUGGCAACAAGUGUUCCAUGUGUGCCAGCAUGUUCAAACUGGAAGAAGAAGAGAAGAAAAAAGCAGAUGCAGAAAAAAAGGUUAAGAGAGAAGCAAUUCAGGAGCUAUGUAGUGAAUACAGAAACUAUGUGAGAGAUGGCCGCCUUGCUUGCACCCGAGAGAAUGACCCCAUCCUGGGCCUGGAUGGCAAGAUGCAUGGCAACACGUGCUCCAUGUGUGAAGCCUUUUUCCAACAAGAAGCCAGAGAGAAGGUUGCUGUCGCAUCCAGAAAAAUCGCGAAGAGAGAAGUUUCAAAGGAUGCAUGUGAUGAAUUUCGGAGUCUGGUGAAUAAUGGAAACCUUUUCUGUACCAGAGAAAAUGAUCCUGUCCGGGGCCCAGAUGGAAAAACACAUGGCAACAAGUGUGCUAUGUGUAAAGCUUUGUUCCAGAAAGAACAUGAAGAAAAAAAGAAAAAGGAGGAUGAAGACAGAAAGAAGAAAGAAGAUGAAGAUAAGAGAAAUGCUGAAGGAAACAAGCAGGACCCAUGUGCUGAGUUUCGGAAAGAAUGGAAAAAGGGAGGUCUCAGUUGUACCCGUGAGAGUGACCCUGUACGUGAUGCUAGUGGCAAAUCCUAUAAUAACAAGUGUGCCAUGUGUAAGGAAAUUCUGGCUAAGGAAGAUGAGGAGAACAAGAGAACUACCAAUUUCAAGAGUAACAAUAGUACUACCUCUCUAAAGGCCAAGUGUGAUGAAUACCGUAGCCAGAUGAAAGAUGGGAAAUUGAUUUGCACACGAGAAAGUGACCCAGUGCGAGGCCCUGAUGGCAAGACCCAUGGCAAUAAAUGUGCCAUGUGUAAAGAAAUAUUAGAAAAGGAAGCUCAAGAAAAGAAAAACAAUGAAGAAAAGAGCAGCAAAGAGAAGGACCAGUGCAGCGAGUACCGCAGUCAAAUGAAUAAUGAAAAAUAUGUCUGCACCAGAGAGAAUGACCCCAUUCGAGGUCCUGACGGCAAAAUCCACAUGAAUAAGUGUGCCAUGUGCCAAGCUGUGUUUGAGAGAGAAGCCAAUGAAAUGAAAAGAAGCAAAGAAGAAAACAAGUCCAAUGACAAUAAAGCAGAUGGCAACAAGGAUAAAUGUCACAGUGCCCAGAACCAACGGAGCAGUGACAGUCAUGUGUGUUCCAGGGCUGCUGACUCUGUUCAAGUUCAAGCUAUAGUGAAGAAAGAAGGUCAUGAAAAGGGAACAACUGAGCUCACUGACCUCACCGAAACAAACCCUGUAGACCCUUAUAAAAAGUCUAUAAAGCCUUCAAUUUUUAGGGAACUGUGCCAGGAAUUUCAGGACUUUAUAAGAGGUGACAGCCUCAUCUGUACCCGGGAACAUAAUCCUGUUUAUGGUAGCAAUGGGAAAUGGUACAGGAACAAAUGUGCCAUGUGCAGAGAAAUCAUUAAAAAAGAAGCUGAGGCAAGAAAUAAAGAAAAACCAUCUAUCCAGUCUGUGGAAGAAGAUAAAAACCAGAGUAAACCAUUUGUUUCUGUGGAGUCUGAUAUGUGCCGACAGUACAGGGUCAUUCCCAGAGUGGGCUACCUGUGCCCAAAGAACUUGCAUUUUGUGUGUGGUGAGGACGGCAAGACAUACAACCAUCCCUGUUUGCUGUGUAAUACAAAUCUGUUACAUCAAACCAACAUCCAAAUCCUGAGGGAAGGGAAAUGUGAAGAUGGGCCUUUAGGAAUACUCCCACCGAAUUCUUCAGGCACUAAUAAAUGAGUGAUGAAUCAGUGGAAACAUUGAGGGAAAGGUUCAAAUGCUCAGCCCUGGAAAGUCUGCCUUAACCCUUCUGUAUAUAUAAGGAACUCUUCUGAGCACGUAUUAUUUACCGUGCAGAACAAUCCUGAGCUACUGGGGAAAGGACAUACUGAUUUUCAGUCUUCCAUCCUUCUCUUCCCAGACUCUAUGAUCCUGGUGUGGAGACACAUGCUGCAUUCAGCCAGUGCUCUGGGGCCCCUGGUCACGGUGCUGUCUGUCCAUUUGCUUGUGCAAUAAAAGUAAACUUAGCAGAAUGGC